AUGGAGAAAUUCGAGCCUGCCGACGAGCAUCGGGAGAAUAAAACUCUGGAGCUCCCACCAGAAACUUCUCCAGACGCCAGCCUCACCCAAGAAGAAGACCUCAAAAGGCGUAACAGAAAGCUCAACCGGCGUCUGGACUACCGCAUUCUGCCUCUGUGCUGCUGGGUGUAUCUUCUCAACUUCCUCGAUCGAGGCAACAUUGGCAAUUCCAAAGUCCUCAAUGCCGAGACUGGCGACGACCUGCUUCAACAGACGGGAAUGAGUGCCAGUAACUAUGCCAUUACCGUGACACUGUUCUCGCUAGCAUACGCCAUUUUCGAAGUACCCUCGAACUGGGUCAUGAAACAUUAUGUCCGCCCAUCGCUGUGGCUUGGUAUCCUACUGUUGGCCUGGGGUGCACUGACAAUUGGCUUUGCGGGCGUGCAUAACUAUGCCACAGUUGUUGCCUUGCGGUUCUUGAUCGGAGUGUUCGAGGCGGGCUUCUUUCCUGGUAUCGUAUACUUCAUCACGAUCUGGUACCAGUACAACGAACGAGCCGUCCGGAUUGCUCUUGUUGUGGCAUUCUGCAACCUCGCGGGAGCUUUUGGUGGAGCCAUUGCUUAUGGCGUCGGACAUAUCAACGGUGCAGCAGGCUUGGAAGGGUUCAGAUGGUUGUUCAUCAUCGAAGGCAUUAUCACCAUCGCAAGCGCUUUUUUGCUCUUCUUCUUUCUGCCCGACUACCCUGCUCGCGCACGCUGGCUGAGCGAAGACGAUAAACGUUUUGCUGAGGACCGUCUGGUCGAGCGAGGCGGCGGUUAUAAUCGGGACCAUGCCUCGAGAAGAGAAGUCCGCGAGACGUUCCUCAGUCCGCGAAUGCUGGCGCAUUACAUUGCAUAUAUUGCGGACGUCGUCCCUCAAGGCAGUUUUACCUUCUUCACGCCAACGAUUGUCAAGGGUCUCGGAUACACCUCGAUCAAGGCUCAACUCCUGACGGUUCCCCCAUGGUGCGUUGGCUUCGUCGUGGCCAUCACACUCUCAUACUCGGCGGACCGCUUCAACGCACGUGGGAUGCACGUCACCGUCGCCUCAGUGGUCGGCGGCGUCGGCUGGCUUGCUGCUGGCCUGCUCCCGCACGACGCCUACGUCAAGCGUUAUGGGUGUUUGUGUCUCGCUGCGUGUGGUGCUUUUCCCUCUGCCCCUUCGAUGACAAACUGGGUUACGUGCAACACGCCCAGCCUGUUGACGAUUCCUUUCGCGAUUGCCCUGCACAAUUCUUGCGCCGGCAUCGGGCAGAUUAUUGCGCAGUGGAUUUGGAAGGCAGGUGAAGAGAAGCAGGGCUAUCCAACCGGCAAUUUCACCUGUGCGGCGUGUAGUUUCUUCGUGGCUGCAAUGAUGACGGGUCUGAGGUUGUGGUAUGGCAGGAUGAAUAAGAAGGGGACGUUGGAUGCGAGUGGGCAGCCCAGGGUUUGGGCUUAUUAG